AUGCUAUCGGAGUCACGGCGCUUGCAAGAAGUAUGGUCCAUAGACCUCGGAUUUGAUGACUUUCAGCCUGGCGAUUCUGGGUCUUGGGUCAUUCACAAGAGCGAUUCCUCUGUAAUGGGCGUUUUGAUUGCACGCUCAACUAACUGUGGCUACAUGGUUCCAUUCGAACAAGUUCAAGAGGAUAUCAGUACAACGCUGAAAGUACCUACGCUCAAGAUUUUCCCGUCGCAGCAACCGUCGAGUGUUACGGAACGCACGAACUUUACAGUCGAGACCCAACUCGACCGAUUGAUGGAGCACUCCGAGGUUGAAAAUCUUGAGGUCGAGAAUGUGACCCAGUCCAGAAGGUUUCUUCGAAUGAUUCCAAAAAGACUUGGAUUGUUUCCGAUCAAGAGAUUUCUGCCAUUCUCGGCGCAGUUGUACUCCAUGGUUGGAGUUACCUGGCUGGAACUAAGUCACGGUCUUCUCUCGUUCUUCAUGCUCAUCAAGACUAUACUGAUGUCUCAUGCUUUCGUGGUCUCUACACUUGAGAGGGCAUCUGAACAACUCCAGGCCCAGUCUCGCAUUCUCAACGAACUUUUUCCCGAUAUCCCAGUAGAAGACCUUGUUGGAAAGACUCGCUUGCAGCUUCUCGCCCUCAUCCCUCGUGACUCACUCUACAACAUAGCGCCCACAACUCAAGAUCCUUCACCGACAGAUAUCUCCGCCGUUGAUGAAGACGACGAUGAUAAUGACCCGAAUGACUCGACUCAGAUCUCGGAGAACGGCGAACCCGCCAACGACAGGCGAUGGGACGAAUCCGCUGCCGCUCAUCAGCCCACAGCGACUAUCCGUGCAAGCGACGACAUCAAUGCCAUCUCCCUCGCAACAGACCAGCAUCGCCGCUCAUACUUGGGCGUCACCUCUAUGAGCGCUGUACUGAGAGCAAUCUUCCGCCUCUGUCCAGCCGCCAAGGAACACACCGCCCAACGCGCAAAGUCAUGGACAGAGUCCUCAUCGUUGCCGCAUUAUCAACAAAGCCUGCCUCCACUCUCUAUCCUCAACGCAGCCAGUCAAGGAAUGAACCCCCUCCGCGAGCAACGCUGCAUCGAGUUCUACUUUGACCACAUCCACCCCAUAACGCCCAUCCUGAAUGAAGAUGACUUUCGCAACACCUACGCCGCAGGCAACCGCCACGAUGACUCCUGGCUCGCUCUUCUGAACAUGGUCUUCACUCUCGGCUCCGUCGCGUCAGGGAGUGACACACUACACGUGCAAUAUUAUAAGCAGGCACGCGCCCAUCUCGGUCUCGACUCUCUGGGGUCAGGGAACAUGGAGAGUCUUCAGGCGUUGUGCCUUCUCGGCGGCUACUACCUUCACUACCGCAACUCACCCAACAUGGCCUACGCAGUUCUUGGUGCUGCUCAUCGCGUGGCCAUCGCCCUUGGCUUACAUCGCGAACCCGUCCGAAGUCAUCGCCACGCAACCGAGCACACCGCCGAACACCACAGCAUCCGCACCGAGACCCGGCGACGGACAUGGUGGAGUCUCUUCUGCCUCGAUACGUGGGCCAGCAUGACCCUGGGCCGGCCGACCUGCGGUAGAUGGGAUAGCAGUACCAUGGACACGCUUCUACCGACUCCCCUCACUCCAGACGACCACGUCGCAGCGUCCCUGAGAGCUAGUUGCCACUUCUGCCACAUCUGCGACCGAAUCCAGCAUCGCUUCGCCCAGCCCGCGCGGCUCUCCGCCCACGAAGCGCUGUCCUUCGACCGCGAGCUCCGCGACUGGCACGCCUCUCUCCCCGAAGCCCUCAAGAACCCAGCCAACUCCCCACCGAGGUUGACCGUCGCCCGCGAGUUCAUGCGAAACAGAUACCUCAACGUCCGCCUAAUCCUCUCCCGCUGCUUCCUACUAUACCUCGCCCACGACCACAGCCUCAAACGGGGCAGCACUUCCGCAACCAGCGACGUCGCUUCGAACAUCUCGCAAGAAGAGCUUUCCCUAGUCGAAUCGUGCCGCACCGUCGCGUCAGAAGCAAUUGACGCCAUCACGCUCUACUGGACACCCAACCGCGUCCACGUCUGGAACUCGGCGUGGUAUCUCUUCCAAGCAUGCAUGGUCCCAUUAUUAUCCAUCGCGAUCGAAACCCACCGAGCAACAGCAGUCCGCAAACAGCAACACCAAAACGCUCAGAGACGAACAUCAGGCGCAUCGACCUCGGUCCCGAUAACCUCAAUCACAACACCAAAUCAUCCGCCUCCAGCAGUCGCAGGCUCUCCGGACACCGUAGCCUCCGUAGCCUUACAAACAUGGUGCGCAAGUCUGACCAAGGCCCUCGAACUUUUCGCUGAGAUGCGCCCUUGGAUGCGUGCCUCGGACAGGGCCCCGGAUAUCGUGGCAGCGCUGUAUGAAGCAGUCACCGCGGAAGUCGAGGGCGGGUCCAAUGCGGGGUCCACGAUUUGGACACCAUCCGCGACCACGGACGGAGGGAUGGAUCUGUUCGGAUGGUGCGAUGAGCAGCUCACAGAGCUGGACUGGAGCACAUUCCUUGGAGGCGGGAGUGGGAGCGGGAUGUCAGCUGGGGAUGACCAUUUGAUGUUUUGA